AUGGCGACUAAAGCAGAGGUUCAAGCAAUACUACGCUUUCUCAGCCAAGAAUCGAAAGUUCCCCUCGCGCUUGCCAUAGCAAAGGUCAAAGACCUUCGGGAUUCCAAUCUACUCAACAUUGAAGCUCUCGCAAAAGCGGAUAUUAAACAGCUUCAGACUAUAUUCAACAACGCCAAGAUUGCAAAACAAGUAUCUAAUGGCGCGAAGCGAGCAGUAAAGAAGCGUUCUGCAGACGCAGAUUUAACCCGAUCAACGCCCAAAAGGUCCAGAAGAACUCAAGGGCCGGAGGGACUUGCAACUCCGGCGCAACUCGAGUCCUCUUUAGCAAUUUCUAUUUCUACAGAUGCGGACGCGAUCUCAGAAACCACUGUCGUCACCAACCGGGCACCUUUGGUGCUUGCUUUUGCUUUUGUCCUGCUAAAGUAUACGAUGCCAGAGCAACCUAUUUCCAGCAGACUUAGUCUUGCUCAAGCCGUGGUCAGUGCUAAUAGUCGUUCUAAAGCUGCUAAACUGGGCAUCGAGAAAGGUCCAAGCGCAGAGGAGGAAGGCUGGGCAAAGGGACAGCCUUCAGUAAAAGUUCUUGGAAGGGAGAUUAGUGUUUUAAAAAGACUGGGCUAUUUUGGGGACCCGGAGGGGGAGGAUGGGGGUUGUCAAGCAUCUUCAAUCACACUCCCAGAAGAAGCGAAAGUUUCCGAGGAUUCUCCGUCCUUAUGGGGUCUGGACUUGGAGGCCCUGCGAAAAUCAAAUGGACCCGUACUUCCAGGCGCAAGUAGGGGACAAUCUUCAAUCCUUCCAAUCUACAGACCAGAAUCUGCUCGUGACUACUUGUUAAAAUCGUUCAGCUUCGAUGAGCAAGACUCUUCGGUGGCCCAAAGUAAGAAACGGGGAAACCCGGCAGAAAUGGGCUCGAACCAAGAAAAGUGUCUCGGACUCCUGCUCGGUGCGGUUGAUUUACUCUGUACGUCUUGGUCAUCUACGCUGAGCAAGUAUGAGUUGGAUAGGCGAGCGUGGGCUUGGUACCUGAAAGUUAGACCAGAUGUUCAGGCCGGCCCGGCCGGAUGGGGUCAGAAAGGGAGAGUUCACUUAUCUGAUAUUCUCGCCCUAAGAAAGUGA